UCCAUUAUCCAUCCACAACUGCAAAGCCAAAACGCUCCCCUCCACCUCGAGCUUCUUCUUCCUCUCACCAUCACCGAGCUCCUCCUUCGCCGCCGUCGCAACUUCGAACUUCGAGCUUCGAAGCCACCGUCACAACUUUCUUCCGUUCCAUCGUGCAGCCACCGUUUGAGCUUCGAAACCAUCGUCGCUGGCUCUGUUCAACCGUUGAGCAGCCGUUGUUCCAUCGCGCCGGCGCUGUUCAACCGCGCUCCAGCCUUUCUCUGCUUCAGUUCGGCCACGACCAACCCUCCUCUGCUCCGUUCCCGCCACGCUCCACCCUCUGCUCCAGUUCCGCCUCGCACACCGUCCUCGGCUCCAAUUCCGCAGCGGUCCGGGCCACCUCUUUUCCAAUUCUGCUGUGUCCAGCCAUACAGUGCUCCCUCACCUCUAUGCUCUAGAAGCUGCUCAUCGUCUUGCUCCAUUGUCUGGUGCUUUGUUUCCUUGCUCAUGUUAAGAUCUUCACCACCUAUACAGCUUGUGCACGGGAGCUUACUGGUGUUACCUUGAUCUUCCUCCAAUAGUUCUGGACUUCUGGUGAAUGUAUCUUUGCUGUAAAGAAGAAAUACUGUCCAGCUUUAACAAUGUCUUUUUUAGUUAGUUAAUUAUGCUUAGAUUGUAACUGUUUUGAUGAUUUAUUGAUUUGUUAUACAUAAUAGUAUCAAUUAAGAAGCAUUUGCUAAUAAUAAUGCAUUUGUGGAUAAUAAUUUGGUUGCUAAUCCUCUUGUUUUGAAUAAUGCUGCAAAUCCUAAUUCUCCUAAUUCCAACAAUAGUCACAAGCUUCAUGUUAUUUUGAAUAAUUUAUCAUUUCAUAUUUAGAUUUUUUUUUGUUAUUUAAUUUUUGAAUUUGUACUUUUAUAAGAUUAUAAGACUUUGAUUGAUGAUAUUUCAUAUAAUGCUUCAAAUUUAGGAUACUUUUGCCUAUUUUAAGGUUUAUAUUAGACUAUAAUUAUGUUUUAGAAUGUUUAUUUAUAAUUUAUUUAUUAUUUUAUUAUAAAACAGUUUUUUCGGUUGAACUAAUAAACCAAUGACUAGAGCGGUUUGAUGACCGGUUCGGUUUUCAGAACCUUGGUCCAUUCACAAUCUCACCUCACCUUACAGAACAUGAUGCUAUCUAGAUAUCUUACUAUCUAUCUUGCUGCAAAAUUAUCCAAACCAAAGACAAAAACUUUUUUAUAAUUGGUCAUCGACAUGCCUGAAUCUGCUUAGACAUUGUAAAGCAUCUGUGUCUGUGUCCCUGCUUCUGCACCUUCCAUUCCAUUCAUCCCUGCAUAACAGGUUAAACCUCUUCUUCUGCUUUCAUAUGCACUUCAAUUAAAUUCACUCACUCCAUUUGCUUCUUUUCUUCAUUGUUUAGAUAAUUGUGCAGCUUUUAUGGUUAUCUUAAUACUCUGCUCUUCAACCAUGUGUUCUAGCAGUAUGUCAUAUUGCUGUGCCUUCGCUGACACCAAUGUGUAUCUUCUGAGCAAUAAUGGGUUCUUGGGUGGAAGCAGUUCUGUGAAAGUGAAGAUUUUGACUAAUGGGUCUUCACUAAAUCAGAAGAAACUUGGAAGAAGACAAGUGGGUCUUCAUGCCUUUGGCACAAAGUGUGCACACAAGGUGGUUGUGGAAAAUCGCAAGCGAAAAACGGGAGUGUCCUCUGAAGAAGUUAUUGGAGUUCUGAAGUCUAUUUCGGAUCCAAAUUCUGCUCUUUCCUACUUCAAGAUGGUUGCUCAGUUGCCAAAUAUUUUGCAUACCACUGAAGCAUGCAAUUACAUGCUUGAGUUGUUGAGGGCUCACAUGAGGAUUCAGGAUAUGGUCUUUGUCUUUGAUGUAAUGCAAAAACAAGUUAUUAAUCGAAAUUUGAAUACGUAUCUCACUAUAUUUAAGGCUCUUUCGGUUAAAGGUGGGAUUCGGCAGGUGCCAUUUGCACUUGGAAAGAUGAGGGAAGCUGGUUUCAUCCUGAAUGCUUAUUCAUAUAAUGGGCUGAUCCAUUUACUACUCCAACCUGGGUUUUGUAGAGAGGCUUUGGAGGUUUAUAGAAGAAUGAUCUCGGAAGGGCUUAAGCCUAGCAUGAAGACAUACUCGGCACUGAUGGUAGCACUAGGGAAGAAAAGGGAUACCAGAACCAUUAUGGAUUUGUUGGAAGAGAUGAAAACUUUGGGAUUGAGGCCAAAUAUGUACACAUAUACCAUAUGCAUUAGAGCACUUGGUAGGGUAGGGAAAAUUGAUGAUGCCUGUGCGAUUUUAAGGGAAAUGGAUGAUGAAGGAUGCGGGCCUGAUGUUGUCACAUAUACAGUUCUGAUUGAUGCUCUUUGUAAUGCGGGGAAGCUUGAUAAGGCCGAGGAAUUAUAUACAAAGAUGAGAGAGAGCCAUCACAAACCUGAUCGGAUAACAUAUAGUACUUUGAUCGACAAGUUUAGUAACUGUGGCAACUUGGAUAUGGUGAAAAGAUUCUGGAGGGAGAUGGAAGCUGAUGGUUAUGAACCUGACGUGGUUUCCUACACAACAUUCAUUGAUGCUUUAUGCAAAUCUGGGAGCAUUGAUCAGGCCUUUGCUAUGUUAGAAACGAUGAAGAUGAAAGGAACUUCUCCAAAUCUUCAUACUUACAACACUUUGAUCUCUGGACUUUUGAAGAGGAAAAUAUUAAAUGAGGCAUUAGAACUUUUCGAUAAUAUGGAAUCUUUGGGCGUUGAACCUACUGCUUAUUCAUAUGUUCUGUUCAUCGACUAUUAUGGAAAGUCCGGUGAUCCAGGAAAAGCUCUUGAGACCUUUGAAACGAUGAAAAAGAGAGGAAUUGCGCCUAGUAUAGUAGCAUGUAAUGUAUCUUUAUAUAGUCUUGCAGAAAUGGGUAGGAUCAGAGAAGCAAAUGAUAUAUUCAACGAUCUUUACAACUGCGGACUUUCACCAGAUUCAGUAACCUAUAAUAUGAUGAUGAAGUGCUAUAGCAAAGCAGGGCAAAUAGACAAAGCCAUAGAUCUUUUGGAUGAGAUGAUAAGCAAUGGGUGUGAACCAGAUAUAAUUAUGGUUAAUUCAUUAAUUUAUAUGCUUUACAAGGCCGAUCGAGUUGAUGAGGCAUGGGAAAUGUUUGGGAGACUGAAGGAUUUGAAGCUGGCUCCGACGGUAGUGACAUACAAUACUCUACUUGCUGGCUUGGGGAAAGAAGGAAAAGUCGAAAAGGUUCUUGAACUGUUUGGGAGUAUGACAGAGUCUGGAUGUCCUCCAAACACAAUAACUUUCAACACACUCCUUGAUUGUCUUUGCAAGAACGAUGCAGUUGAUUUGGCAUUGAAAAUGCUAUGCAGAAUGACGAUGAUGAACUGUAAUCAUGAUGUUCUGACUUAUAACGCCAUCAUUUAUGGGUUGAUCAAAGAAGACAGAGUUAGUUAUGCAUUCUGGUUUUUCCAUCAGAUGAAGAAAUCUCUCUACCCUGAUCUUGUAACUUUGUGCACCCUCCUUCCUGGUGUUGUACGGUAUGGAAUGAUAGAGGAUGCUAUCAAGAUUGUCAUGGAAUUUGUUUAUCAGGCAGGUUUAGAGAAAGGCAAACAAUCCUUGGAAGAACUAAUGGAAUCCAUUUUAGUUGUAGCGAAAAUUGAAGAUGCCAUUCUAUUUGCCGAAAGAUUGGUAAGUGCUUCUGGUUUCCAGGAUGACUGUGUAAUAUUACCUCUAAUUAAAGCCUCGUGUAAGCGGAUGAAGAUCCUUGAUGCUCAAAAAUUAUUUGAUAAGUUCACCAAAACUUUGGGAGUUCGCCCAACCGUUGAAUCAUAUAAUUGCUUGAUGGAUGGGGUUCUUGGAUCUAAUAUGACUGAAAAAGCUUGGGAUCUUUUUGUGGAGAUGAAGGAUGCAGGUUGCCAUCCAAAUAUUUUCACGUAUAACUUGCUGCUCGAUGCUCAUGGUAAAUCUGGGAGGAUUGAUGAACUCCUUGAACUUUUCAAUGAGCUGCAGAGUAGGGGAUGCCAGCCUAAUGCCAUAACCCAUAACAUUAUCAUCUCUGCGCUUGUGAAAUCUAAUAGCAUCAAUAAGGCAUUAGAUUUGUAUUAUGAGCUUAUAAGUGGUGAUUUCUCUCCCACUCCCUGCACUUAUGGACCUCUUAUAGAUGGACUUUUAAAGAGCGGGAGAUUUGAGGAAGCAAUGAAGAUCUUUGAGGAGAUGUUAGACUAUCAAUGCAAGCCAAACAGUGCUAUCUUCAAUAUUCUCAUCAAUGGAUUUGGGAAAGCUGGAAAAAUUGAUGUUGCUUGUGAUAUGUUCAAGAGGAUGGUUAAAGAGGGAAUAAGGCCAGACCUGAAGUCUUACACAAUUCUUGUAGAGUGCCUAUGCUUGGCCGGAAGAGUCGACGAUGCCGUGUACUACUUUGAGGAACUAAAGUCAACUGGCCUUGAUCCUGAUAGAGUUUCGUACAAUCUUAUGAUCAAUGGGCUCGGAAGAUCACGCAGGUUGGACAAUGCUCUUUCUCUUUUCGGCGAAAUGAAGUGUAGGGGAAUUUCUCCUGAUCUUUACACUUACAAUGCAUUGAUUCUCCAUCUUGGGAUCAGUGGAGAGGUGGACCUAGCCGGAAAGAUGUACGAGGAACUGCAAGCAAGGGGUCUGGAGCCUAAUGUCUUCACUUAUAAUGCUCUCAUUCGAGGGCAUAGUUUGUCGGGAAACAAAGACAGAGCUUUCAAUGUCUACAAGAAGAUGAUGGUACAGGGGUGCAGCCCCAACAGACAAACCUUUGCUCAACUUCCUAAUAAAUGCUGAUUUCACUCAUUUACAGGAUCAUUCUGGUCCAAGCCUUUAAUCUCAAUGAUAGAGGCCUUUAAGGGAUACUCUGCUCCUUUGCCUCAUUGCUCAGUGUAUAUAUUAAUGUGCAAAUUAUUCACUUCAUAUGCUGGCAACUGCUGCUGAUUAAUGGGAUGUGUAGAUGGGAAAGGCAUGAAGUUCCACUUUUGUGCAAAACAAAACCUGAGCAAUUUAAAGAUUUGUAUAUUUGAAAUUGUAAUCAUAUGUAAAGUGUAAAAGCAGUGUUAGAUCAGAAAGUGUAAAGGCAGAUGCUAAUAUGCAAUCAUUUGAAUAUAAAAAGGGUUUUCUUUUGGCUGAACAAUGUACACAACUAAACAUGACCAAGUUUCCUAUAAUAAGUAGCCAUUAAGAAGAACAUUGAAAAUAUCAUUAAUAUAGA